UUGAUUGACCAGCGGCCGCAACGGUCGCAACGCAAAGAUUCGCACGCGGUUCCAGGUGACGAACCCCGCAACCGAAAGGUCCGCAUCCGAUCGAUUUCGGAGGCACUUCAGUACGCGCGUACGCUCUCUCCCGCUCUCGCGUUGCUCCAUUCGCUCUCGCUCGCGCUUUCUUUGCCGUGCCGUGCGGACCCACUCUAUAGCCGGUCCGGGUCCAGUGUGGCAGCAGUGCCGUCCGGCUGACUGUAGUCGCCGUUUCAGUCUUUAGCCGAUCGUCACCGAUAGAGGAUCAGCAGUCACAGCAGUGUCCCUGUUGGAUGAAAGUGCAGUUUACCAAAAAGAAGAACAACCGCUAAACCCAAGUGUUGCAAGUGAGCUCUGUGUGUGUGUGUGUUGAGUGUGACAGUGUGACAGUGUGACAGCGUGACGAUGACGGUUUCCAUGUACGACGAUGAGCCGCUGGCACAGACCGGUGGCCAACCGGACCAGCCGACCCCGAUGACGACCGGCAAGAUCGACGAGCAGCUUACCGCCAUCCAGCAGUUUUACGACAAAUGUAACGUCUUCAUUACGGGCGGAACCGGAUUUCUCGGCAAGACACUCAUCUACAAACUGCUGACCAGCUGCCCCGGGAUCGAGAACAUCUUUCUGCUGGUGCGAAGCAAGCGCGGCAAAGACAUCUUUUCGCGGGUGGAAGAAAUCUUCGACGAUGCUAUGUUUGACAAAAUGAAGCAAGCCUGUCCGAAGUACGAUCACAAAAUUCGCGCCGUCGCGGGCGACUGCAUGCAGCCGGGCCUGGGCAUCAGUUCGUCCGAUCGUGAAGUGCUGACGGAGAAUGUCAACAUUGUGUUUCAUCUAGCCGCCACGGUGCGAUUCGAUGAGAAGAUGAAGACGGCAAUGCAGAUCAACGUGAAGGCGUGCCGGGACGUGCUGGACCUCUGCCACGACAUGAAGCACCUGAAGUCGGUCAUCUACGUCUCGACCGCCUACACCCAGUGCCCGCAGAGUGUGGUCGACGAGCGGUUCUACGAGCCGCCGCUCGAGUCGGAAAAGAUGAUCCACCUGACCGACUGCGUCACCGAUGGCAUGAUCGAAAAGAUCACCCCGGUACUGCUCGACAAAUGGCCCAACACGUACACGUUCACGAAGGCGAUCGCCGAGGAUGUGGUGCGCAAAAACAGCCGCGGCAUGCCGGUCGGAAUGUUUCGGCCCGGGAUUGUCAUUGCCACCUACCAGGAGCCGGUGCCGGGAUGGAUCGACAACUUCUACGGCCCGACCGGGGUGAUUGCCGGCGCCGGAACCGGUGUACUGCGGACGCUGCGGGCCGACCCGACCAAGGUCGCCAACAUGGUUCCGGUCGAUCUGUGCGUCAACGGUAUCAUCUCAUCCGCCUGGGACAUUGCCGAGCGGUUCCGAACCGAGAUCCUGCCCGAUCCGGAAAUUCCAAUCUACAACUUCUGCACCGAGCCGAACAAUUGCAUCACCUGGGGCGACUUUACGCACACCACGAUCAAGUUUGGCUCGAUGUACCCGACGAUGAAGGCGAUCUGGUACCUGUGCUACGCGAGCAACCCGAACAUUGUGCUGCACUAUCUGUCCAUCAUCUUCCUGCACUAUGCGCCCGCCGUCGUCUGUGACAUCAUAGCGGUGCUGAUUGGACGCAAACCGAGGCUGCUGCGAAGCUACAAGAAGAUUCACCGCUUUAUGGACGUGAUCGAGUACUUCUCGAUGCGCGAGUGGGAGUUCAAGAUGGACAACAUGAACGGGCUGUGGCGCAAGCUGUCGAGCGCGGACCAGAAGCUGUUCUUCUUCGACAUGCGCCAGAUCAACUGGGACUACUUCCUGGAGCAGUACUUCUGCGGCAUCCGCCGGUACCUGCUGAACGAUCCGAUGGAAACCGUCCCGCAGGCGGUGGUGCGCUGGAAUCGCCUCUACUGGGUACAUCAGGCCACGAAGGUGGUCGUGCUGCUGCUGCUCUACAAGCUGAUCAUGUCCGUUUGGGGUAUGAUGAGCUAAGCGGGCGGCACCAUCGCUCAACCGUACAGUUUUUCUGGCUUUAUAUAUAUAGUAUGUGUAUGUACUACCUGCAUAGAAUGUAAGGUAUUUCACCAGAAGGAAAGGGAAAGGAAGACAAAGCGACAGAUAUGCUAUUUAUGCUGCAACCACCGCGUUGCGUUGCACACACCGAGCUGGACAAGGACGAGCGAAUGCUGCAUUUGCAAUGCAUCAAUUUGAAGUUGUACAUUUAGCAGGACCUUGCGUGAAACGCAACUCAAGCGAGAGCCGCGCAUACCGAUUUCAAGCAGUUUCGGUAGAAGUUAAGAUUAAGUUAAGACAGACAUAGAAGCGUAAGAAACGGUGUGGUAGUACAGAGAAUACGAGUACUCUUAUCGCACGUCCACGGGCCCCGGCACAAACCAAUCAAUUUCAAUCAAGUAGAACUCAUCCACCACUAAUACUCUAGAGCAGGGAAAGGGAAUAUGCUUUACCUUUUUUUCACAUAAGAGUUGGUUUUGUUUUCUUUCUGCUACAUACUACAGCUUGGUAUACACAAACGUUAUCUAUAUUGCAUCGAGGCAGGGUUUAUAGAACCAUACACAGGAUAUGUACCACCAUACACACAGUUCGCUAAGGGUUUACAGUAGCUUUUGUUGUUUGUGGUUGAGUUUUCUAUUUUAUUACCAUUUUAGUAGUAGCAGUAGUAGUAGCGUUUGGAUAUGUGAUUGGAUUGGAAUGACGGGAUUGCGUAGUGCGAGAUCGUACCGAACAUAACUGACCGUUAUUAAUAUUGGCCGAGUUUGGAGGUUUGCUAGUGUGUAAGCGAAUCUUUGUACAAGUAUGUGAAAUGCAGGCGACUUUUACCAAUAAUCAAAUAAAGUGCGUACAAAACAUUAAA